CUUCGGUAGCUUCCACUUUUCUCUUUGUCCUUUGUUUCUUUCCUAUCCACCAAGAGCGGGCUGUUCCUCGUCCCACACACAUACACACACCUAAUUCGAUACCUGGGCCCACAUAGGACGGUGCCCCCCUUUCCCCUCCGGACACCCCGACCGAUAAGACCUUGGCAGUGGCGUUGAGCGUUGCGACCGACUGACAAUGGCUACACGAAAGAAGGUCCUUCUCAAGGUCAUCAUCCUUGGUGACUCGGGUGUCGGCAAGACUUCGCUCAUGAACCAAUAUGUCAACAAGCGCUUCUCUUCGGCAUACAAGGCCACGAUUGGGGCCGACUUUCUCACAAGAGAAGUCAUGGUCGAUGACCGACUCGUGACAAUGCAGCUCUGGGACACGGCAGGACAGGAGCGCUUCCAGUCGCUCGGCGUGGCCUUCUACCGCGGCGCCGACUGCUGCGUGCUCGUGUACGACGUCAACAGCGCAAAGUCGUUUGAGACGCUCGACUCGUGGCGCGACGAGUUCCUCAUUCAGGCCAGCCCGCAUGACCCGGAAAACUUCCCCUUUGUUGUCCUGGGCAACAAGAUUGACGUCGAGGAGUCGAAGCGCAUGGUGUCGCAGAAGCGGGCCAUGACGUGGUGCCAGAGCAAGGGAAAUAUCCCGUACUUUGAGACGAGCUCAAAAGAGGCCAUCAACGUCGAGCAGGCUUUCCAGACGAUUGCAAAGAAUGCCCUCCAGCAGGAGGCUGAGGCCGAGAUGUACGCCGACUACCCUGACCCGAUCAGAAUCGACAGCGACACGACGCAGAACGGAUGCAGCUGCUGAGCGCUCCAUUGUCGUCUCAUCUCACACAGGGGACUCUUUUCGUUCCGUCCCCUCGCCCUCGACAGUCGUAUUCCCACCCCCAUUUUUCUGGCCUGCCUCUCGCCCUGUCCCAUCUCGUGUCCAUCCUCGGGCAUCCACACUCGCUCGCUCCCGUUUUCAUCGGCCUCGGCCGCUCACUUUUUCUGCAAUUGAAUAUAAUCAUACAGACACAAACACAAUCACGCAGAGCAUCGCAGAGCAGCGCAGAGCAGAGCGAAUGGACCUUGGCAGGGCUGUCUCUGGACGGCACUGGGCGUGGUGGAGAGACGGCAUGCUUCUGUUGAAAAGGAGAGAACGACGA